GCAAAGAGUAACCAUGGCAUUAGUAGACAUUCUUCAUAUGAAUAGUGGGAGUGGAGAUUCAAGUUAUACCAAUAACUCUCUAUUUACGAAAAUUGUGAUGCAAAAAACGGCACCAUUUUUAAAGCGUACAAUCAAGGGCAUGGCUAAUAAAGAUAUCUUAUCCGACCAUUGUUUCAUGAUUGCGGAUUUGGGAUGCUCCUCUGGCAUGAAUACGUUGUCGCUUGCUUCUAACAUUAUUGAUAUAGUCCAUGAGGUGUGUCAAGAAAAUAAUCGAAAGACACCGCAGUUUCAAGUGUGCUUAAAUGACCUCUUUGGAAAUGAUUUCAAUAAUGUUUUCAAAUUAUUACCCAACUUUUAUAAAACCCUUAGAAAGUGCAAGGGAGAACAAAUUGGUCCUUGUUUUGUUUCAGUUGUUCCCGGAUCCUUCUAUGGAAGACUCUUCCCCGAUGAAAGUUUGCAUCUUAUUCACUCAUCAUAUAGCGUUCAUUGGCUUUCUCAGGUACCUGAAGGCCUUGAAAACAAUAAGCAAAAUAUAUACAUAGCAAAAACAAGUCCUUUAGAUGUAUUGCAAGCAUAUGGAAAGCAAUUUCAAACCGAUUUUACAAAGUUUUUACAACUACGCUAUGAGGAAAUAGUACAUGAUGGACGCAUGGUUAUAGUAUUUCAGAGUCGUAGUAGCCUUGAUCCAACUAACGAUGAAUGUAGCACUCUCUGGGAGUUACUCAUCAUGUCACUUCUCGAAAUGCUUAAAGAGGGGCUGGUUCUAGAAUCGGAUAUUAACUCAUUCAAUCUCCCAUUUUAUUUUCCACAUGGGGAUGAACUUAGGAGAAUUAUUGAAGAAGAUGGAUCGUUCUCUCUUGACGACAUUGAUAUUUUUGAAGUCGAUUGGGAUCAACAUGAUAUGGAAUGUAACAACCGUGGGAAAAAAACAACUAAAUCGAUAAGGGCUGUUACGGAACUAUUGUUUAGUUCUCAUUUCGGGAACUCCAUAAUUGAUAUGCUAUUUAAGAAGUUUGAGAAGAAAUUGGCAGACCAUUUAGCUACUAAGAAAACAAGACACUUAUGUGUUGUCAUUUCAUUGAUAAAAAAAUGAAUGAUUCAAAUGUUGAGACGGGUAUGUUGGUUUGUAAUUGUUAUUUUCUUUUGUUAAAAUUUGAGUAUUAAGUAUUUAUAUUUGUCAAAGGAAGCGAUAAUAAUUUAUUUUGUGUAUUGAUUAUUUAAUGAACUAUAUUAUCUACUGAAAU